AUGGGGACCCAUAGAGUCCUGGUUUUCCCUUUGCAGGGUCCCAAUCUUCAACGUUGUUUCUCCAGCAUGAGUCUUGCCAGCCGUAUGUCCAUAGCAGAACAAGUGCUCAAGGCCUUGGAAAGCUUACACGAUGGCAACAUCGUUCAUCGAGGUUUGUCAUCUUUCCCGCUCCCUUUUUGUAUCUCUAGCCAAAUAUCCAUAGACUUGAGCGAUAAGAACAUCAUUUGUGGCAUGCAGCCGAUGAGUCAUAUCAACACCGCAACAAAGUACCAGUCCCUUGGCCGUCCUAGAAAGACUCUUGUGCAGCCGCACACGAACUGGACUGGGGAGAUUGUGCUGCCAAUGCAGGUGCCGGCCAAUCUUCUGACGGGAUCAGUCUAUUUGGGCGAUUUUGGCAUAUCGAUACGUGCAGGCACCCAAGUCGAAUGCAAGCAGCAAACGCCUAGCUGCUGGUGCGCCCCAGAACGAUUUCACAACGUAAAUCCGACUGCUGCCAGCGAUAUGUGGAGCUUCAUGUGUAUAUUCGCAAAGCUGUAUCUAGGUGCGCUUCCUUUGUCUCCUUACGGUGAGCCCCUGGCAGAGAUGGUUAAGAUCUUCGGCUCACUACCCCAACGUUGGAAGGGCUAUUUUUGUUAUCCACAGAGAGCCAAUUCAUCAUGGUACGAUCCGAGAACAACGCCUGAAACUUCACUCGACGCACUCAUUGCACGCGUUCGCCCUGAUGUCGACUCUACUGAGCGCUCUUACGUAGCACAUGUUCUGAGAAAAGGCUUUGCUUAUGAGCCUGAUGAGCGGAUAACCGCCAGGCAACUUCUACAAGACGCUUAUUUUCAGAACAUCCUAAGACGCUACAUCAAUUAA